GUUGGAUGGUCGUCAUGUUGUGUUCGGAAAAGUUUUGUCUGGAAUGGAUGUUGUGUACAAGAUUGAAGCUAAAGAGCGGAACCAAAGAGCAAAGUUGGUAUUGCAGAUAGCGAGAACUAAAGAUUGUAUUGCUUUGUUCGGACCACAUUUAUUCUUAGAACAUGCACAUAAUCAAAUGUGCUGCUACAUUCAUAAUUCAGAUGUGCUACAUGUCCUGGAAAAAGCACACACAGAAUUGCAAUGGUACAAUGACAAACACAAGAGGCCAUAUCAUACUUUUUCUCCUGAAAAAAAAUUCGAAACUACAAAGUUAAACGAUUACCAUCAUCCUCGUCUCAUUCCACCAAGGCAU